AUGAUUUGGUAUGUGGCCGCUUUGGUAGCAAGUGUGCUCGGCGCCCGCGGGCUGCCCGUCCAAGGUGCCCUCGGCUCGAGGGAGGAGCCCGAGUUCGUGACUGCUCGCGCUGGCGAGAGCGUGAUCCUGCCAUGCGACGUCAUCCAUCCACUGACAGGACAGCCCCCUCCCUAUGUCGUGGAGUGGUUCAAGUUCGGUGUCCCCAUCCCCAUCUUCAUCAAGUUUGGGUUUUACCCUCCCCAUGUGGACCCAGAGUAUGCCGGCCGGGCCAGCCUCCACGACAAAGCCUCCCUGCGCAUUGAGCAGGUGCGCUCUGAGGACCAGGGCUGGUACGAGUGCAAAGUGCUCAUGCUGGACCAGCAGUACGACACCUUCCACAAUGGCAGCUGGGUCCACCUCACAGUCAAUGCUCCCCCCACGUUCACCGAGACCCCGCCACAGUACGUAGAGGCGAAGGAGGGCAGCAGUGUCACCCUGACCUGCAUGGCAUUUGGGAACCCCAAGCCCAUCGUCACCUGGCUCAGAGAGGGAGACCUUUUGGGUGCCAAUGGCAAGUACCAGGUGAGUGACGGGAGCCUCACGGUGCUCUCGGUCAGCCGGGAGGACAGAGGUGCCUACACCUGCCGGGCCUACAGCAUCCAGGGCGAGGCUGUGCACACCACGCGCCUGCUCGUCCAAGGGCCUCCCUUUAUUGUUUCCCCUCCGGAGAACAUCACAGUCAACAUCUCCCAGGAUGCGUUGUUCACCUGCCAGGCCGAGGCGUAUCCCGGGAACCUCACCUACCUGUGGUACUGGGAGGAGGAGAAUGUCUACUUCAAAAACGACUUGAAGCUGAGGGUGCGGAUCCUGAUCGAUGGGACGCUGAUUAUUUUCCGUGUCAAACCAGAGGAUGCUGGAAAAUAUACCUGUAUCCCCAGCAACAGCCUGGGCCGCUCGCCAUCAGCCUCUGCCUACCUGACAGUGCAGUAUCCUGCCCGUGUGGUGAACAUGCCCCCCAUCAUCUACGUGCCCAUCGGGAUACACGGGUACAUCCGUUGCCCAGUGGAGGCGGAGCCCCCGGUCACACUGGUCAAGUGGAACAAGGAUGGGCGUCCCCUGCGCAUCGAGAAGUAUUCUGGCUGGAACCUGCUGGAAGAUGGGUCGAUCCGGAUCGAGGAGGCCACUGAAGAUGCUCUUGGCACUUACACCUGCGUGCCUUAUAACGCCCUGGGUACGAUGGGCCAGUCUCCCCCUGCCCGACUGGUACUGAAGGACCCCCCCUAUUUCACGGUGCUACCAGGCUGGGAGUACAGACAGGAGGCAGGGAGGGAGCUGUUGAUUCCUUGCGCUGCUGCCGGAGACCCCUUUCCCAUCAUCGCCUGGAGAAAGGUAGGGAAGCCCAGCAGGAGCAAGCACAACACGCUGCCUGGUGGCACCCUGCAGAUCCGCUCCCUCGGCAAGGACGACCACGGCGAGUGGGAGUGCGUCGCCACCAACAUCGUCGCGAGCAUUACUGCCAGCACACACCUGACUGUCGUAGGGACAAGCCCUCACGCCCCAACCAGCGUGCACGUGGUGGCUGCUAUGACUUCAGCCAACGUGUCCUGGGAGCCCGGCUACGACGGUGGAUACGAGCAGACUUUCUCAGUUUGGAUGAAGAGAGCCCAGUUUGGACCCCAUGACUGGCUGUCUCUCCCUGUGCCAGCUGGUUCCAGUUGGCUACUGGUGGAUACCUUGGAACCAGAGACUGCUUAUCAGUUCAGUGUCUUGGCUCAAAACAAGCUGGGCACCAGCUCCUUCAGUGAGGUGGUCACUGUGAACACUCUAGCAUUCCCUGUAACAACUCCAGAGCCUCUGGUGUUGGUUACCCCACCGAGGUGCCUAACAGCCAACCGGACACAGCAAGGCGUCCUCCUGUCGUGGCUCCCUCCUGCCAACCACAGCUUCCCCAUCGACCGCUACAUCAUGGAAUUCCGCGUGGCAGAGAAGUGGGAGAUCCUGGACGAUGGCAUCCCAGGCUCUGAGAGCGAGUUCUUUGCCAAGGACUUGUCCCAGGACACCUGGUACGAGUUCCGUGUGCUGGCGGUCAUGCAGGAUCUCAUCAGCGAACCCAGCAAUGUCGCUGGCGUGUCCAGUACAGACGUUUUCCCUCAGCCUGACCUGACGGAUGAGGGCCUAGCCCGCCCGGUGCUGGCUGGCAUCGUUGCCACCAUCUGCUUCCUGGCUGCUGCCAUCCUCUUCAGCACACUCGCCGCCUGCUUCGUCAACAAGCAACGCAAACGCAAGCUCAAGCGCAAGAAAGACCCUCCUCUCUCGAUAACCCACUGCAGGAAGAGUUUGGAGUCCCCGUUGUCUUCCGGCAAGGUGAGUCCCGAGAGCAUCCGCACGCUCCGUCCCCCCUCGGAGUCCUCUGACGACCAGGGCCCGCAGGCCAAGCGGAUGCUGAGCCCCACCAAGGAGAAGGAGCUCUCCCUUUACAAGAAGACCAAACGAGCCAUCAGCAGCAAGAAGUACAGCGUCUCCAAGGCGGAGGCCGAAGCUGAGGCCACCACUCCUAUCGAGCUCAUCAGCCGCGGGCCAGAUGGCCGCUUCGUCAUGGACCCGGCCGAGAUGGAGCCCUCCCUGAAGACACGGCGCAUUGAGGGCUUCCCCUUCGUGGAGGAGACAGACAUGUACCCCGAGUUCAGGCAGUCAGACGAGGAGAACGACGACCCCGUCGUCCCCACCUCCGUGACCGCCCUGAAAGCCCAGCUCACCCCUCUCUCCUCCAGCCAGGAAUCCUACCUUCAGCCACCAGCAUACAGCCCCCGGUUCCACCGGGCGCUGGAGGGUCCCGGCAGCCUGCAGGCCACCGGCCAGGCCCGCCCGCCGGCCCCCCGGGCUUUCCACCACCAGUUCUACGGUUACCUCAGCAGCAGCAGCCCCGGGGAGGUGGACCCACCGCCCUUCUACAUGCCAGAAGUCAGCCCGCUGAGCUCAGUCAUGUCCUCCCCACCGCUGCCCCCCGAGGGGCCCUUCGGACACCCCACCAUCCCCGAGGAGAACGGGGAGAACGCCUCCAACAGCACGCUGCCCCUGGCCCAGACCCCCACGGGGGGCCGGUCCCCUGAGCCCUGGGGCAGGGCCGAGUUCCCCUUCGGCAGCCUGGAGCUGGCCCCCGCGCCGUUCCCCCACCAGCUCCAGCCCUGCGAGGCGGCCGAGGGCUCCCAGCCCACGGGCUGCCUUCCUCGGGGGCCACCCCCCUCCUCCCUCCAGGUGGUCCCUGUAUCUUACUCUGGCAUCCUGCCCCUGGAGGCACCAAAGAGCUGGACCGGCAAGUCACCGGGCAGGGGUCAAUCUUCCGUGCCCGCUACCACCAAGUGGCAGGACAAACCUAUGCAACCCAUGGGAUGUCAAGGGCAGCUAAGACAUACCAGCCAAGGUAUGGGCAUACCCGUGUUGCCUUACCACGAUCCGUCCGAGCCCGUCGGCCCCAGCGGCACAAGCACAUUCAGCCUGGACACCAGGUGGUACGAGCCCCAACCCCGACCUCGGCCCAGCCCUCGGCAGGUCAGGAGGGCUGAGCCCAGUUUACAUCAGGUGGUGCUACAACCUUCGAGGCUUUCUCCUCUGACCCAAAGUCCCCUGAGCUCCCGCAACAGCUCCCCAGAGCUGACCGCUCGCGCCCGGCCCCGCCCAGGGCUCAUCCAGCAGGCAGAGGUGUCGGAGAUCACGCUGCAGCCGCCUGCGGCCGUCAGCUUCUCCCGCAAAUCCACGCCGUCCUCCACGGGAUCUCCGGCGCCCAGCAGCCGCGGGGACAGCCCCAGCUUCCGACCGACCACCGCCUUUACCCCCGUGGGCACUGGCUUCUCCAACUCCCAGGGCUCCUCCCUGCCUGUGGACACCAUGGAUGUUUUUGGAGACAUCCCUUCUCCAAGGAGGGCUGGCGAGGAGAUUCUCCAACCGGAGCCGACAUCCACCACCACAGUAGCCGCCACAGGAAAACGUCCAUCUCCGCCCGGGGACGCUGCUGCACCUGAGAGGCUCGAAGCUCUGAAAUACCAGCGGAUAAAGAAGCCCAAAAAGUCAUCCAAGGGCUCCUCGAAAUCCAGAAAACAACUCAACGGCUCUGCCUCCCAGGUUCAGCACCCUCCCAGCUCUCAGGUACUGUCACCUGACGAAGCUGUCUGCCUCCGCAAGAAGAAGAGACACCCUCGUCAGGACCCCUUUGCCCGGCUCUCAGCACUGAAGGACGACCUCUGCCACCGGCAGCUCCCUGAAGACCAGACAGCCAUUCUCAACAGUGUCGACCACGAUGACACCAGCGGACACGCCACCCUGCUCUAGCCUGGCUCUGGUCCCAGGAGGUUGAACAGGAGCGGUGGAGGGAGCUGGUGUCACACCACGGGGGGAUGGAGGUGAUGGGGAAGAGGGGGGGACACACCUACGCUGUCACCUCUCUGAGGGGUUUGACGGGGACGAGCUGGGGGGACCUGGGGGAUGCUUUGGGCUGGGUGUUCCUCAAAUCCACUUCUCUCCCACCCCAAACAGUUUGGGUGGGAUGGGAAGGGGGGUGUUGCACCUCGGUUUUGGAAAGGAUCUCUAGGCUUCAAAGGCAUGGAUGGAGCUUUUGACAUCUGCGUUUAGGGGGGAAAGUGUGAGAUUGAGCAGCUGGUCCUCAAUCGCUGGAGGAAAUAGAAUGACGCAGGGUGUAAUUAAGUGACAUGAACCUAACAACCCAGGCGGGAACUGGUAAUCCCAUGAAUCUGAUUAUGAGAAAAACAUGACCAAAUAAUCCCAGGGAAGCUGUAAUUGUGAAAUCUCCCUUCCUCCCCCUUCCCAGCCUCCUUUGAUGUGAAGGUAACAGCAGCAAAACCAUCUGUGACAUCUUUCCUUACCUAUCUCUGAAAGGGAAAAGCCAGAAAGACCCUGAUCCUUUGAAUCAAUGUGAGAAAUCACCAUUUGUCUGUGUGCAAACACACUCGAGCCUCGGUGCCGUGCGCUCGGUGCCAUGCGAGCGCGCAGGUUGGGGGCUGAUGCGAUCUGAGGGCGUUUCCCCAGCUGUGGCAUGUGCCAGCUUUGAUGGGGGUGGGUUUGAUUAAUUCUGCCCGACGCUCCGUGUAUCUCAGGCAAAUGUUCUGCAGUGCCGUGUGGCGAUGUGAUUUCUGACUGUGUGAUGUUUAAUCCCUCCUGAUACCUGCGGAGUGCGGAGACGCAGGCGUGCGAGCGAGCGGGGUUUGGCUCCUUCGGCAGGUGCUGAGCCCCAGGAGAGCAUCUGGAAGUGCCCAGCUCUGUGGAUGGACGUGGAUGGCUCCGUGCAAAGCUAAGCCCAGCGUUUCGUGCCAGUUUAAAAUGUGUUGCUGCUGAUUUCACCGUUUCUCCCUUUUUUCCUCCUGCUCCAGCCCAGAUGUGUCAGCUGUGACACGCGCUGGAGUUGUGUCCCUCCCUUUGUCCCUGUUCCCCUCAGUAAUGCUGUUCUAACUCUUCACCAGAAUGUAUUUCCUCUUCAGAAUAGGGUAGGUUUGGUGGCUGGUGGUUUUCUGGAUUGCAUAGGCCUUUUAUUUGGUUUGUUUUUAGCAGGCAAGGUGUAACCCAAGAACAGCCAGGCUCACUUUCCUGCUCUGCCUCCACUCUCUGACUGCGUGGCCUUGGGCAAGUCACUUGACCUCUCUGUGCCUCAGUUCUCCCAUCUGUAAAAUGGGGAUAAGUCAUAUUUGAGCACUUUGGACAAGCACUUGGUGGCCUACAGACUGCAAGUGCUAUGUAAAUGCUUAGUGCUAAUAUCAAGCAAUCCCUACCUUUAAAAUAUUUAGAGUUGGUUCUUUUUCUUUUUUUUCUUAGUUUGAAGUGGUAAAAUCAACCACUGCAUCCAGGUUUGCACAGUUCUUCCUCUGCGGUAAAGUGCUAAACCCUCCAGCCUGCCUGGGAAUAAAACACCAAGUCUUUCAUGUAGAUAUUCUUGCUUUGAGUGGAUUCAGGCUGUAGAAAAAGUGUCAGGAGAGCUGGAGAGCCUGCAGGCAUGUUUUUAGCCCCAGGCUCUCUAUUUGCAUAUGAAACUUUUGUUUAUUCCCAGGUAGAAUUGCCAAGAGAUUCUCUGCAAUCUCGCCUUUAAUUCUGCUUUGCCUUGGUUUUUGCUCUUGCUGCUGGUUGAACCUCCAAGGGCUGAGAUAUUUGGAGAAAGACAUGAGCUCUCGGUUGAGAUCCGGCUCUCUGACCAUGCCACGCUUUCAGGUCGGAGCUUGUCGAUUGCUCUGCCUGGUUUUAGAGGUUGUGCUUCCUCUCCCAGCAGAAUGCUCGGGAACCUGUGACCACCAAAAGCAGAGCACCGUGUCUUUUCCAAUCUCCAGGCCCUAAGUAAGGUUUGAACCACUGGACAAUGAAUCCUCUAAAUCGAUAACCAGAUAUUUCUGAGCUUUAACAACUUCGUGUAGGUGGUCUCAAGCCAUCAGCAGGUUUGUCUCGGAAGGAAGGGAGGGUCUGGCAGAAAUACCCCUCUCUUUCCAGCCUGCACCAGGGCUUUUUAUUGACAUGACGAGUGACCUGAUGUAAGAACCUCAACUCUCAGAGUGAGAACUCAACCUUGCUAACAGUAUGACUGCAAAUUUCUUUUCUUUGGGUGUGUUUUUAGGGUUUUUCCCUAGAACCUGCUCGGAUCUGAAUUGAUUUAAUGCCAUUCUCCCGCUCUGCAGCGGGGAAAACUCUGCCUGGCUUGGCCAACUCCAGCUCGCCGGUCACUCCAUCUGGGCUGCUCCUGACAGACAGGUGACCCUCGGGGCCGGGGGAGGCGUGGAGGCUCUGUGCUGCCUGUGCCAUGGCCAACUUGCUCUUCCUUUUGCUCUCAUUGCCUCAGCCUCUCGAACAGAGGGUUGCUUUUCCAUUUGAGUGCUUUUCAAAUGAUUUACGACAUCCGUUCAGAUGGGCCAGGUGCUGUCUUCAGGCUCUUGAGGUUGCUACCUCAGGACUCUGCCCCAUCCCAUCUUAAGGAGCUCUAGAGGACUUGGAGUGCUGGGCAGGUUGACGGAGCAUGCUGGCUUGCUGGGUCAGUCUUUUGAGAGUUGUUUUCCUUUUGCAGGUGUUUUGAGCCACUGGGCUUUUCAUGGUCUUCGACCUUUAGAGGCUGGAGCUGCAGCCCUCUCUCUUUCAGCCGUGUACCUGCCACGCUGCUGGAGUGGGAAAUCCCGCCCGGGCGCCUCGUGGAAGCAGCUCCUCCCUAAAACCAUCCUUAACUCCUUUCCCUGCUAGACCGAGUCACCUUCCCAUCGACUCGGGCCGUGCUUUGGCUGACUGGCUCGCCUCUUGCUUUGGCAACCUCCUCGCUUCUCCCAGCCCUCUGGUUUCCCUGCCCUUCAGGGUUGCUCCUCUCUCCUUCCGCGGACCUGGAAACAUCGAAGCCAUGUCAGACGAUGCCAAACACUUCCCCCAUUUCACCCCCGUUUGAACUCCGUGUCGCUUUGGUGGUUUGCAAACACAGCUGCUGCUGCUGCUGCUUCUUCAUUUUCUUUUUUUUUUUUUUUUUUUCCUCCUUUCAUGCUGCAAAAUAUAUCUGGAUUUUUAUCUUCCUGGACCAAACUCUGUUAUUUUCUAAGCUGGUCUGAGAUAGAUGGCUCUUUCUGUAUCAGUGACCAUACAAUUCCUCCUUGCACCUUGCAAAUUCAAAGUUCCAUUAGGUCCCUUGGCAAAUCCUGGCCCACGGUGAAAAAAUGCCUCUGAAUCACAAGGAUUUUUGUCCCUGGGCUCAGCUGAGGUGUCAGUGCAAAGGUGCUAGCCCAGUUUUAGGGGGUCCUUGCUAGUGCAUCUCCCUGUGAGGUGUCCAAGGUGGAGAUGCUCCAGUGCUGGUUUCAUGCCACCAUGGGGGCUGCAGGACUGGGGCACCCUGAGCUGGGGGAGGUAACAUGGAGAGGUGGGUACAGGAUGCCACUGAGAUCCUGUGGAAAAGGGGCUGUCCCUUGCUGUCCAAUGAGUCCUGGAGCAGGCAGGGGAAAAGGGCAGGGAAGUGCUUUGCCUGCUUUUGCAGCAGGACUUGCUCUCAUCCACGUGUUUCUAAGAUGACUUUUCCAUGCAGCCCCAGUGGUGUUUUGGUUCCGUGGUGUUGAUGUGAAGGAAAAUGCAAGUUAAUGUAAUUAGGGGGAGAGGGAGUGUUCAGGGCUCUUUGUGGCUGUUUUUGUGCCUGUCACUAACAGCACCCACAGGCACAGGGAGUGAUGGAUUUGUGGGAUGGGGGAGCUGGAAGGUCCCAGGGUCUCUUCCCAAUCUGAACCUCAGCAUGUUUGCACUCUGUGAGCCACCAGGGUGUCUGUGUGUGCAGGGGAUGCUUUUUCUGGGAGGAUUCUCAUUCCUGCUGCCCUGUGCCAGUCACCUGUGGCUGCUUUGGGGCAUUGGUGGACUCCAGGCGGUUCAUCUGGUGUUUGUCACCUUGUCAGCUGGCCCAGUGCCACCCAGUGGAAGGCUGGAGGUGAUGCAGUUUGGAUUAAUAAAUGUAAAGGAAAUAUAAAGGCAAUAACAACUUUCUGUAUCUGCCUCUAGGAGUGUUGAGGACACUGGAUUUGGGCUCAGCAGCUCAGGCACGGUCCUGGCAGGGCUUAGUUAUGUCUGGUGGCAUCUGGACAUGACACACAUUCCAGACUCAUUGCUGGUCUGUAUUAGGACAAAAUCUGCCUGGCAUUUUGGUUUCUCUUCUUGCUUCAGGCAGUGACGUAGACUGGGGAGUUCUCAGAGUUUUGGGUUGGUUUCAGCUGUAGCUCUUGUCUGGAGGUAUUUUUCCAUGAGGCUGGACCUUCAGGGAUUUCCACAUGUACCACAUGGGCUCGCUGCAGCCCCAGACUGAAGUCAGGGCUCUUUUGGAAGGAAAUCUUCUCAAGGAACCGGAGUAAAACCCACUGUACAUAUGAGAUAUAAAUAGAUAGAGGAGCGUAGGACAAAGGUAGAUAGGUUUGCAGAAUUCAGUAGAUUUGCAUGUCGGGGUAUGUGUGUUGCUAGGGGAGAGUUUAGAGCUGUGCUGGAGCGGGGGAUGAGGAUGGGCAAAGCAGGGAAGGGGCUGGGAGCAGCUGCAGCCCGAGGGGAAUUCGGGGAUGGAGAAGUACUGGUGUGACCUGCGCUGCCGCCCUGCUGCACACAACAGAUUGCUCUGUUUCAUUAUUUCACCCCCAGUUUUUAGCUUUGUUCAUUGUCUGUGACUCACCCCUGGGCUGUGGCAUGGAGGAGCAGGAGGGACAGGUCCUGUGCUCGGCGUGUCCGAGGCACACGGGGCAUGACACGGACACAACACGCCAGGGGGAUGUCACAUUGCCUUAUCUCUGGUGCCAGCGCUUAAAGAAAAAGCUGCACCACGCAAAAACCCUUCCCUCUAGUCCCUCUAGAUGCUGCUCUCUGGUUACUCAUGUGAAAGCAUUUUGCUUUUCAUCUGUUCUUCCCAGAAAAGCGUGAGUCAGAAGGGAUGACAGAGGGAUACAGCUAAAUUUGUCCCCUGAGCUGAGGAAUGCAGCACUGGCUGUGCCAGCCGGCCCCAGCAGCACCUCCUGGGAGGGACAAGAUGUUCUUGACAGUGUCUUUUUAUUUUAAACCUCAUUAGCAGCACUUUGAAGAUCUGAGGCAGAGAAGGGAUUUGCUCACCAGUGAUGCUGGUACUGACCCCAGGCAUGGGGGCAGCCAGAUUCAGGCUGGAUUCUCACUGCUCUCCCAGAGCUAUCCCUGUGCUGUCUGGCAGCCCUUACAGAAGGCAGGAUCUUUACUCCCAUUUCCCGCCUUCAGCUUAAUUUUAUUGGGUUGGUUUUUUUCUGUUUCUGAGUAUCUUGACUCCUCUCUGCCCCUGUUUGUGGGAAGAAGAGGUGGGAAGUGCAGCUGUUCCUAUUAGGGGUCUGUCAGGGAAUGCUUGAACUGAGGGCUGGGAAGCAGCGACCAGAUUUGGCAACACUGGUGCCAGCAAAAGAAAAAAACUUAACAUUGCACUUAAUUCCCAUCAGCUGGCACAUCCCCAAGUAGGGAGGACCAGUGUGGUUGUGGGAAGGGUCUGGAGAUGGGAGCCUGUUCCCCUGCCUGGGUACUGGAAUGAGAGGGAGCCAUGUUUGCCCAUUUUCCCCGUUUUUAGGUGUUUUGCCACAGCUGGCUGAGCUCUUUUCCUCGGCAUUGCAUGGCAGCAGGAUGAGCAUCCCCAGUCCUGGGGCUCUGGCUGACUUUUGAUGCGUGCAUGGAUGGAGGAAGGACCUGGGGAGGGGGUGGGCAGAGCAAGGCGGGGCAGAGGGUCUGGUCCAGGCUUGGGGGUGCUGGAUGAGGCAAGCAUGCACUGUAGAGGUAGCUAAAGAUUUUUAUACUUGUUGCAGUGGGGUGGGAAAUGCAGGAUGGAGGUGCUGGCAUCCCCCAUGGAGGACAGUUUGCCCAGAUUUUGGAUUUACCAUCAAAAUGACACUUUCUCUCCCAGGAGGGCUUUAAUUCUUGUUCUUCUGAGGUUUUGCAGGGCUGCAAAAGAGGGUGCCCAUCUUCCCGGGUCUGAAAGCUCCUCAGAUUUCCACACACUCCCCCUCCCCCCCACCAGUACUUAGAUUAAAAUAAAACAUACAAAAAAAAAAAAGACUUGAGAAAUGAGCCCCAGUAUCUCUAGCUAAAGAAAUGAUAUUGGUGUAUCAAAACCAAUUUUAUUGUAUAUAAAAUUAAACAAAUAUAUAUUUGCUCUCUAUUUUAGAAGGGGGGGAGAAUAAAUAUUUAAAAUAAUUCAUUAGUAAUAGGUGUCAGAAACUUCUGUGCAGCAUGAGAGAAGCUGUCAGA